AUGCAGGAGGAAGGAAACGAAGGUGGUGCAGAGUAUUAUGUUGCAGGGUGUCACACACAGACGCACACUCGAGAGAGAGGAAGUGAGAAGAGGAAAGGAGAGAAGACGGAAGAGAAAAGGCAGGUUGAUAAUGAUGACGAACAAACCCAACCCACGAUGAUUUCCCUCUUUGCUGCGAUUCACCGCACGUAA